AAACUGGGUACGCUCAGCCAUCAGCUAGAUGUAGACGCACAAUACAUACUCCGUCAGGUUCUCCAGUAUAAAUGGAGUACGCCAUUCAAGUGAUUGGUUUCCUCCGACUCCUUCCAAAUCUACAGAUCACCCCACUCGAUUGAGUAUAUAGACAAGCUUGACAUCUACUUAGCGACCUUGCCUUUGACUCACUCAUCUCUCACGGACGCCAGAUCAUAAGUGCAAAAUCUAUCAUGAAGUACUCCGUCCCAUCCGUUCCCACAGGGACUACCCAUGCCCACGUUGCCAUUGUUGGUAUGGGACCGCGCGGAACCAGCUCACUGGAACGCCUCUGUGCCUCCGCUCCAGAAUUCCUCACAGCAGGCGCGCGGCUAACAGUCCACGUCGUCGACCCUUCUCCGCCUGGAGCUGGCCGUGUCUGGCGUACCGAGCAGUCAUCAGAGCUGCUGAUGAACACCGUCACAUCUCAGGUGACUUUGUUCACUGAUAAGAGUGUGGUCUGCUCAGGUCCUAUCCGCGAGGGACCGAGUCUGUAUAAAUGGGCAUCUGCUGCCAAACUUGGGCUGAGCCCUGACGACUACCCAACUCGCGCCGUGUACGGACACUAUCUGGAAUGGGUGUUCAACAAAGUAGUGCGCGAGGCCCCUCCUGAAGUCGAAAUCGAGGUGCAUGCUUCCCGCGCAGUGCGCCUAGAGAGCGCUGCCGACGGCCGCCAGACCCUCACCCUCUCUACCGGCCGUACUCUACCCGGCCUCGCCGCUGUGAUCCUCUCCCAGGGCCAUCUGCCACUACUCCCAGACCCUGAGCAGCAGCAGCUCGCCGUAUAUGCUAGGCGUAACGGCCUGCGUCAUUUCCCCCCCUCCAACCCAGCGGAUGUCGAUCUCUCCUCUCUAAAGCCCGGUGAGCCGGUCUUCCUGCGCGGCCUCGGCCUCAACUUCUUCGACUAUAUGGCCCUCUUAACCACUGGCCGUGGCGGUCACUUCACCCGCACAUCCCACGGCCUCCGCUACCACCCCUCCGGCAACGAGCCCCGCCUGUACGCCGGCUCCCGUCGCGGCAUCCCAUACCAAGCUCGUGGUGACAACGCUAAGGGCGCCUACGGUCGUCACUACCCCCUGAUCAUCACUGAAGAGGUGAUCAGCGACUUCCGCAAGCGCUCUGAAUCCGGAAACGCCCCAGACUUCCUCACCGACAUCUGGCCGCUGGUCUCUAAGGAAGUCGAAACAGUCUUCUACGAAGCCCUCUUGAAGCAACACGGCAAGGAGACGCCAGAGUUCCGCGAUCGAUUCCUCGCCGCCCCAUAUCAGAGCGCAGAAGAGGCUGAUGUCCUUGAAGACUUCGGUAUUACGGAGGAAAAUCGCUGGUCCUGGGAACGUAUCUCUCGCCCUUAUGGCGAGCAGAGAUUCACAGCCGGUGUCUGGCGCGACUGGCUUCUUGACUACCUGCGCGAGGACGCCAAGGAAGCCUCCCUCGGUAACGUCGAUGGCCCCCUCAAGGCUGCCUUAGAUGUCAUGCGCGAUCUGCGCAACGAGCUGCGACUCAUCGUCGAUCACGCGGGACUGUCAGGCGAAUCGCACCGCGACCACCUCGACCGCUGGUACACGCCUCUCAACGCCUUCCUGUCCAUCGGACCCCCUCGUCAGCGUAUCGAGCAGAUGAUUGCCCUGAUCGAGGCAGGCAUCCUGGACGUCGUUGGUCCCCGGCCAAACGUCUCCGCCGAAGACGGCGCUUGGGUUGUGCACUCCCCCGAUGUCCCCGGGUUGAUUGUCCGUGUCACUACGCUCAUUGAAGCGCGUCUACCAGAGCCGAACCUCAGAAACACGGCUGAUGAUCUCCUCUCUCACCUGCUCAAGUCGGGCCAGUGCCGGCCCCACGUUGUCGACGGUCACGAAACUGGUGGUCUAGACGUGACGAAUGCGCCGUACCAUGUCAUCGACUCGAAGGGUCGGGCGCACCCGAGACGGUUCGCUGUUGGUGUUCCCACGGAGGGCGUGCACUGGGUUACUGCAGCUGGCGCCAGGCCGGGUGUCAAUUCGGUUACUCUUUGCGACACUGAUGCUGUGGCGCGGGCUGCGCUGAAUGCAGCAAUGCGUGAGACGGGAGUCACACAACAACCGGCGGGUGUCAAGUCCUGGUCGAAUGUUGAAGUUGCGGAGGUUUCAGUGUUUGAGGUAAAGACUUGA